AUGGUGGCCGCCGUAUCUGGAGAAGCUCCGGAACCCCAAAACCCCAAAAACAACGCCACCGCCGCCGCCUCACAAAACGAACAUCCGAAGAGGCCGCCAUUGUUGCCGUCGGAGAAGGACAACAGCAAUGGAGUUCCCAACAAAAACCAGAGGAAACCCAAAUCGCGAGUCGUCUCCUCAAGAUACAUGUCCCCCUCAACUUCCUCCACCUCCACUUCAAAUUCAUCCUCGAUUUCCUCUUCAUCUUCUUCCUCUUCGUCCUUGUCUGCUUCCAGAAGGUUCCCCUCCCCUUUAAUUUCCAGAAACUCGAACCCUCCAUCCAGCACGCCCUCUCUGGUACCCAAGAGGUCCGUCUCCGCCGACCGCCGCCGUCCGACGCCACCUCGGGCGGCGGCGAGACCCCUCCUUCCAGAUCUCGACACUGCAAAGAACGGCCAUGCCCCCGAAAUCUCGUCCGCCGCCAGACUCCUAGUUACCUCCACCCGGAGUUUGUCCGUUUCUUUUCAAGGGGAAGCCUUUUCACUGCCCAUCAGUAAAACCAAGGCGACUCCAUCUUCCCCUAAUUUGAGCACCGUGAGAAAAGUGACCCCGGAGAGGAGGAGAAACAGUUCCCCUUCCAGAAGAAAGGUUGAUGGAGGAGAUCUCAUUGAGAGUUCUAAGCCGUCCGAACAGCACCACCUGUGGCCCGCCAGGAAUCGGAUUGUCACGGCCACUUCAUUAUCAAGAAGCUUGGACUGUACUAGGGACAAGACCAAUCUGAUUGGAUCUGUUAACACGGACCGAGGGAGACCGAGUCUUGAUUUGGGAAAUUGCAAUGGGAAUUCGGUUGUUAAUAACGGAUUAUCUGUCCCGUGCGAUCGAAUCCCGUCCGAUUCAGACAGUGUCUCAUCCGACAGCACUUCGGGGGUCCAGGAGUGCGGUUCNNGGCCCAGAGGUCUUGCUGUCUCGGCCCGGUUCUGGCAGGAGACCAACAGUCGUCUUAGGAGGCUGCAGGAUCCAGGCUCACCUUUGUCGACGAGCCCCGGACCAAAACUUAUUGUGCCACCCAAACUGAAGAAGUACUCGAGCGAUACCCCGCUGUUGUCAUCACCAAGGACACUUUCGUCCCCUCUGCGUGGGGCCACUAGGCCUGCGUCGCCCGGGAAGCUCAUGAGCCCUGUGGGGUCGUCCCCUUUGCGUGCUCACAGCCCGUCUCGGAUCAGAAAUGCAGUUAGCACAAUUUGCAACAGUUUUCUCGACACACCUUCAGUUCUUAGUUUUGCCGUGGAUGUGCGCAGGGGGAAAGUCGGGGAGAAUAGGAUAGUGGAUGCGCACUUGUUGAGGCUUUUGUACAAUCGACACUUGCAGUGGAAGUUUGUGAAUGCGAGGACUGAGGAUGUCCUGCUCGUGCAGAAACAUGGGACCGAGAAAAAUCUAUGGAAUGCUUGGAUAGCAAUAUCAGACCUUCGUGAUACUGUGACCAAGAAAAGACACAGAUUGCAGUUGCUGAGGCAGAAAUUGAAGCUUGCUUCCAUUCUGAGAGGACAAAUGAUUUUGUUGGAAGAUUGGGCUUCUAUGGAAAAGGAUGAGUCGAGCUCUUUGGUUGGAGCAAUCGAAGCUUUAAAGGCUAGCACCCUUCGUCUUCCAGUUGUGGGAGGAGCUGUUGCUAACAUACAAAGCUUGAAGGAUGCUACUGGUUCAGCUGUUGACGUGAUGCAGGCUAUGACCUCUUCCAUUCAUUCACUUCUACCUAUGGUCGACGAAGUGAAUUCUUUAGUUACUGAACUUGCGAAAGUGACUGCAAAAGAGCGAGUUUUACUCGAGCAGUGCACAGAUUUUAUUUCCUUGUUAGCAGCCAUGCAGGUUCAAGACACUAGUUUGAGAACGCAUAUAAUACAGCGUAACUGCGUAUGA